CGUAUUCACAACAUUACGACAUCAGCGGCAACAAUUCAUUCCAGAAGUUUCCUCGCACGUUGACAGCUUGGUGGUAAUAUGAAUCAUAUACUGUAGCCAUAAUACUCGCAGGACAUUCGAUAUAGUGCAUGCCGUAUUGAACAUUUAGAAUACUACUGGCGUUUCAGCUUAUAUGCUCGUUGUUUAGUGACUAAACAAAGCUUUAACCUUGCUACUGGGGUAGCUUGGAAACAGACAGCGUCCAGAAAACAGCUCCAGCAGGUUUAUCAAGCACAUCUCUCCAGUGCUAUCAAGUUUGUGCCUUUGGAACAGUGUUACUUUACCUGGCCAAUAAUGAGUUCAGGACUUUGAAGGAUUGUACCGGCUAUUGUAAUGGGUAAAGAUUAUUAUAAAGUGUUAGGGAUAGCGAAAGACGCAUCUGAAGACGAGGUUAAAAAGGCGUACAGAAAACAGGCCCUGCGUUACCAUCCUGAUAAGAACAAGUCUCCUGGUUCAGAGGAUAAAUUUAAAGAGAUUGCCGAGGCCUACGAUGUGCUCAGCGACGCCAAGAAGAAGGAGGUGUAUGACCGUUAUGGUGAAGAAGGACUGAAGGGCCCUACUAGCAGCGGAGCCCCCAAUGGCCAGUCCUACAACUACACCUUCCACGGAGACCCUCACGCCAUGUUCACAGAGUUCUUCGGUGGCCGCAGCCCCUUUGAGCAGUUCUUCCCCCGGAACGAGGACGACAACAUGGACACCGACGACCCCUUCGCCGCGUUCGGCAUGGGGGGGAUGGGUGGCAUGGGGGGAAUGCCGGGAAUGCCGGGCGGCUUCCCUAGGCCUUUCAAAUCCCAACCUGGGGGACCCCGGAGAGGCCGGGCCGAGAGGAAGAAGGACCCGCCGGUGGUGCACGAGCUGAGGGUGAGCCUGGAGGAGGUCUUCUCGGGCUGCACCAAGAAGAUGAAGAUCUCCCGCAAGCGCUUGAACCCGGACGGCUUCACGGUGCGCAGCGAGGACAAGAUCCUGACCAUCGACAUCAAGCGCGGCUGGAAGGAGGGGACGAAGAUCACCUUUCCGCGGGAGGGGGAUGAAGGCCCCAGGAACAUCCCCGCGGACGUCGUGUUCGUGGUGAAGGAUAAACCCCACACGGUGUUCCGGCGAGAGGGGUCCGAUAUCAUUUAUCCCGCAAAGAUUUCUCUCAAAGACGCACUGUGCGGAUGCACGGUGAACGCCCCCACAUUGGAUGGCAGGACCAUCACUGUGACCUCCAGAGACGUAGUCAAACCUGGCAUGAAGAAGCGCAUAACUGGGGAAGGUUUGCCGCUCUCCAAGUCCCCAGACAAGAGGGGGGACAUGAUUUUAGAGUUUACAGUCAAGUUUCCGGACAAUUUAGGUAACACUACCCGUGAAGCGUUGAGCCAGAUCCUACCACCGUGAAUGCUGUUCCCCUUUUUAGGUUUAACAAAUUAUCUAAAGGAAUCCUGACGUCACUACGUCCACGCCUACACCUGCACUCUCUUGUAUAGCAACACGGACUUGGUCACAGCAAGCCUUAGACAGAUGACCAUUUAUUUGAGCGUCAGUUUAGUUGAAUUAUCCCUUAACUUGUUAUUUUAUCUUUUUUUUUAAAGAUUACAUUUAUAUUUCUACUUCUCAAACUCUGGUAUGACUGUGGAACUCAAGAGCAAACAUGUAUCAGCUAUCACUUUAAAUAUGGGCCUCUUACCAAAGUCAGGAGGAAUUAAGUCUGUUGAAAUGGGUAUUAUAAAUGCAUUUCGAGCCGUUUCUUGCAUUUUAAAUGUGAUGGUUUGGCUUUUGUAGGAAUUGGUCUCGUUAUUUAUAAUAACUUCAGGGCUGGCAUCAGAAUGCCUAGCAUACACAAAAAUACAUGUUAAAGCCCCCCUCAACUUUAUCACAAUUAUAGAUUGCUAUGGCAGUACACAAUAUGCCAAUCCACACAACUUAAUGCUUGUUACGUAAACGUCAGGGAGCUCAGAGCCCAGUUGUCAGAACUACUCUGAUGAAUGGGGAAAAACGUAGGCAGGGAACAGGAAGACUGGGGGACUUUAAACUGAAAACACUUAAGUUUAACAUUAAUCUGAUUCAGGUCCCCGGAAGUUGUUCAAGGUGCUUCCUGGAGGAUAAGGGUGUGCGUAAAACAAGUUGUAUACAAUACCUCAGGUGCUGUGCACAUACCUGAAUGUAGCUACAUUAAUACAUACAUAUGACAUUCUUUUUGUUUAACUAUAGAACUAUGCAGUGGUGUAUUUUGACAUAUAAUGUGUUGACAAUUAUUUCAUUUUAAAUGGGCUAAUAUUGAGUUUUGCAGAUCGACCAGUUUUUGAAAACGGGCUAAUCCACACACGGUUUGUUCUUUAUUGAUAGGGGUACACAACUGACAACAUAGCUUAUGUAUAAUUGUGGGAUACAUUUGUGCCAAAUAACCAUUUGCCUGUGUGUUUUAAAGCUGCGAAUGGGAAUAUCUAAACCUGAGGUGGGAGUAUGUGUAGCCUGCUAGCUGGAAUGGAUGGGCUGUCUUCUUUGUCAACAUGUCUUCCAAUAUAUUUCAAAGUAAGCCCUGUGUGGUAGUUUGAGCCCAAAUCGGUAAUAUGAUAACUUUUCCUUAAAAUAAUCCAAAACUCCCUUAUUUAAAAUAUCCUAUUAUAGUCUACUUUAGUCGAAUAACCACUCAAUGUUACCGUUUCCAUGUUCUCCCACAUCUUGGAUGAAUUUGGCUGCUGUUAUUUUUUGCUAUUUUACUCACCUUUUAAGAGGAUACCUUAUCGGUAAAUAUAGUUUUACAGAAAACACUGCUACAACAUUACAAUUGUUACAACAAUUGUAUUGUUGACAAAAUUUAUAUUUAUACAAGGCACCCAAUAGAAUAUCCAUCAAUAUUUGUACCUUCGAUCAAAAAUAUCACACACACUAAAUGGUGGAAGAGUUGCUGCUUUUCAAAUAUUUUCAAUGCCUACUUUACUUUAAUGUGAUUGUCUAAUAUGACACGAAGACAAUACUUAAACUCAUCAUUCCACUCCAGAAGGAGUUUGAUUUUCUAAAUGACACAAACAUGGGGUUCAACAUGAAUGUAGAGAUUUGUGAUCUCUUUAAUGUAUUUAUUUUUUUGUUUUAAAAAAGGAUGUUUAAAUCUUUGCUCAGCUUUUCCUUUUUUGGAAAAUAGUGUUAACAUUUUGUUUUAACUGUAUUGUUCAAGUGGAUUCAAUGUUUGUUAUUUGUCUGCAUUGCGAUCCCAUAGAAUACAUAAUGUUAUGAAUGUGUUUGCUUUAGUCAAUGGUUUUUGGAAUGGAAUGAUUUCGAAAUUAAUUAAAUUUGGUUGGACAAUUCAGUUUUCCCAAAGAUGUUUGAUACAUUGGCCAACAAGUGAAAAAUAAAUAUUUAAACUAAA